CUGGAAGAUUAGGAAAAGGAGAUUGAGUAACCAUCUUGAAAAGCAAUUCCGCAAAAGUCAAAGAAUCACGAACCGAAUCAAUCAACAUUGAAAGAUGAAAAACAAUGAAAAUAACCCGGCCCAAAUCGUUUGCAUUUGCAGAGGUCCAGCCCACUAUUCACAGAGAGGACGAAGUAGUUUUUACAAAUCUUAGAGAGAGAAAGCUUAAGAGAGAGAAGAUCGAGCUCGAAGAAGAACCAGAGCAAACAUUUUAAACAUUUGUAUACACAAAUCUACAUACCGAAGAAACGCAUGUAUAUUAGGCAUGUAUUAUCUUGUGAGUGAUUAGGGUUUCCAAUUUCAAAAAAGGGCGAGUUCAAUCAUAUGUUAUCGUGUCCUGUAUUUCUAGGGCAACAAAUUCCUUUGAUUUUUAAAAAUUGGCGCAACUUAUAUCGAAGGCAAAGCGUAAUAGGAGGGUUAAAAGUUUUGUAAGCUUGAAAUUGUUGCAGAGCUCCUGGGAAUUCAGUUCUUGAAAUCAAUGGGAGAGAAACGCUUCUAGGUUAUUAUAGUGGGAAUGCAUGGAUGUGCUUCAGGAUCUCUGCUUUUAGUCAAUGCUGGGGUUGAUUCCAUGGGAGGAGUUAUUGAUGGUGGAGUUGAAAUCUCUUCUGCACCAUCUCCUCACCAGUCAUCAGAUCUCGAGAAAACACAAGCAGAGCUUAGGGAGACAUUCAGCGCAGCUGAAAAAUAUAGAAGAGAGUUAGAGUUUUUACAGAAGGGUGGUGAUCCAUUAGACUUGAAAGUUGGAACUGCAGCAUCAGUUAGCCUGCAGUCCACCUCGCUUACAGAUCAACAUCCUGAGCAAUUUGUGACAAGUGAAGUAAAAGGCAGUUUUGCAAUAACCGCUUCACCUCAUGGAGAUUCUGUUGAAAGCAGUGGCAGAUUAGGGGCUCUUUCAGUUGUUGAACCCAAUAGUGCUGAUAAUCUUAUGUUAUUUGAUGGAAACAAUAAGUUUCGUGAAGUUGAAAGAAUACUCACCAAAGAAUCUGGAGAAUCUGUUGCACUUGAACUUCCUAAAAAAUCAUAUAAGCGUAGGAUUAGGUCUAGACCAAAUCGCCAUGCUUCAAGGGAUACGAAGGGAUUGGUGCAUAAUGUAGACAAUCAGGAGCACAAGCAUUUGUCAAAUUCCAAUUCUUCCAACCCUAAAAGUCCUAAUGUUGGUUUGACCCUCAAGAAUUUAGAGCCUGGAUCUGUAGGGCAUAUAGAGCAGGAGAAAUUGUCAGGUUCUGAGCACCCUCCAGAUGUGGAUGCACACACAGUUGAUGACCUGUCUUUAUUGGGUCAAACAAAGGGUUUUGACUCCAAAUCAUCAUGCUGCCAAACCGAUCGAAGUUUAGAUGGUAAUAGUAAGAAUGAAGUGCCAAGUAGUAUACAAAAUGUUACUUCUAAUGGGACUAUGGAACUUACUAUAGCAUCAAAGGAGGCACCAUGCAUGGAGGGUAGUGGUGUAAAUACAGUGAAGGAUGAUAAGAUACCGAGCAUCAACAAUGAUAACAGUGAGAUUGAUCCUAGACUUAAGGAAGAGGAAGAAGGUUUGAAGGAAUCUGAAUCUGAAUCUGCCUUGCAACAUGAGUUGAAGAAGUCUGUUUGCUCUACAGAGCAAAACGUGUGUUCUCAAAACAAUUUGAAAUUGGCAACAAAGGAACAUGAAGACUCGAUUUUAGAAGAGGCACGGAUUAUAGAGGAAAAACGUAAGAGGAUAGCUGGAUUAACAGCUGGAAUAUUUAAAUCAGAGAGUAAUCAUACAUCACAUUGGCAUUUUGUCCUUGAAGAAAUGUCAUGGCUUGCUAAUGAUUUUGCACAGGAACGCCUUUGGAAGGUAACUGCAGCUGCUCAAAUUUCUCAGAGAGCUGCUUAUACUUCACGUGUUAGAUUCCAACAGCAAAAUUCUUCACGGAUGCAAAAAAAAGUUGCUCAUACUUUGGCAGAAGCUGUCAUGGAGUUCUGGCACACACUGCAGGUGAAAUGCCAUGGAUUGGAGUUAGAGGGUGCUAAAAAAGAUUCUAUGGCUGGACUUGAUCAGUAUGGGAUGAGAUUCUUGGAGUAUAAUAGCUCCAAUGCUCAGUACAACUCAGCUCAAGCGCCUGUAACUCCUGAUAGGAUAUCUGAUCUUGGCAUCACAGACGUUUCAUGGGAGGAUAAUUUGACAGAAGAGAACCUAUUUUAUAUAGUACCACCUGGUGCAGUUGAGGCCUAUAGAAAAACUAUUGAAUCUCAUUUGCUACAAUCUGAGAGAACUGGCAGUAGCAUGCAAGAGGAAGUGGAUGUCAAUGGGUAUGAUGAUGUUGCAGAUAAUACACUUGAAGAGGAUGAAGGAGAAACAAGUACAUAUUAUCUGCCAGGGGCAUUUGAAGGUAGCAGGAUGUCAAAACCCACUCAGAAGAAAAGGAAACAGAGCCAACCCUUUAAGUCAUAUGUCGGAAGACCAUAUGAGACGGGGGCAGAUUUGUCAUUUCCACAAUCCCUUGACAGAAAUAUUGGGACCCAACCUUCUGUGAUAAGUGGGAAAAGACCUGCCACCAGUAUUAAUGUCUCAAUUCCCACAAAACGUGCACCAAAUAGAACGGAUGCUUCAAGUGGUGAUACCAAUUCCUUUCAGGAUGAACAAAGUUCUUUACAUGGUGGGUAUCAAAUACCGAAUAAUAUGGAAGCAGAAUCAGUUGGAGACUAUGAAAAGCAGCUGCACUUUGACAUGACAGAAGUAUCAAACAGACCCAAAAAGAAAAAGAAGGGUUCCACAUUUGACCACCGAUGGCAGCUUGAUUCUAAUUUUCAGAAUAAUGAACAGAAGGAGCACUCAAAGAGGAGGUUGGAUGCACGUCAAUUUGAUUCAAAUGGAAACAGUGUGGGUUCUCAGAUGAGUAAUAUGUCCAACCCCAAUAAGUUCAUGAAAUUACUUGUGCGUGAUCGUGGUAGGAAAGCUAAAUCGCUUAAGACCCCUGUAGGGCAGCAGCAAGGGUCAGGAAGUCCAUGGUCAUUAUUUGAAGAUCAGGCCCUUGUUGUGCUGGUUCAUGAUAUGGGUGCCAACUGGGAACUCAUAAGUGAUGCCAUCAACAGCACUUUGCAAUUUAAGUGCAUUUCUCGUAACUCCAAAGAAUGCAAAGAGCGUCAUAGAAUAUUAAUGGAUAGGAACUCGGGUGAUGGUGCUGAUAGUGCUGAGGAUUCAGGCUCAUCACAACCUUAUCCUUCCACUUUGCCAGGCAUUCCAGAGGGAAGUGCAAGACAAUUGUUUCAACGGUUGCAGGGACCCAUGGAAGAAGACACACUCAAAUCACAUUUUGAAAAGAUUAUUGUGAUUUCAAGAAAACUACAUUAUAAAAAGUCACAGGAUAAUCAGGAUCCAAAACAACUCCAGCAACCUCAUGGCUCUCAUGCACUUGCUCUUUCUCAAGUCAUCCCAAAUAACCUGAAUGGUGGACCUGUCCUCACGCCACUUGAUCUGUGUGAACCGAUUUCAUCCACCCCGGAUUUUCUUCCUGUUAAUUAUCAAGCUCCUCAUACGGGUGCAUCAAUGGUUCCUGGGUCAACCCCAAGCCCAAGCCCAAGCCCAAGCCCAAGCCCAGCAGCUACCUCAGUAGCCUCUUCUAAUUUGGUGUUCAGCAGUCAUUUAUCCUCCACUCCAUCUGGUCCAAUCAGUCCCUCUGUUGGUGUUAGGGAAGGAAGAUACGGGAUCCCUAGACCAGGAAUGGAUGACCAGCAUCGACUGCAACAAUACAAUCAAAUGUUGUCUGCAAGGAACAUGCAACCUUUGCCUCAUUCCGAUCGAGCUGUUCGUGGUAUGUUGCCAGGUGUCAUGAACAGAGGGAUGAUGAUGACAAGACCACCCCAGCUUCAAGGCCUUAAUAACUCCAACCCCCAAUCCAUUGGUCAACCAAACUCCCAUAUGAUACGGAUUCCUGAUCAUCAGAGGCAAAUUAUGGUACCAGAUGCACAAGGUGGGACCACUCAGGGAAUUCCCGCGUAUCCAACUGGAAUUGCUUCUUUCCCUCAACCACCUGUCCAGCCAUACCCCCACAUGCCAACUACCAAUUCUCAUCCACAUCCACAUCAUCUUCAAGGACCACCACAAAAUCCAGCUUUUGGAAUGCGGUUGAUGAAAGAGAGACAACUCCAGCAACAACGCUUGCGACAACAGCAUUUUGCUGCCUCCAAUCCUGUGACGCCACAUGGACAACCACAGCUUCCAGUUUCCUCCCCUCAAAGUCAAAGUAGCAGCGCGCAAUCCUCACCGGUGACUCAACAGCUGCAAAAACCAGCAUCCGCUGGGCUUGUGCGUAACCCUCAGACUGGCAAUACGGUGAAGCCGCAGCGGCGUCCGCCACAGCAGUUCCAACCACCUGGCGGCAGGCCACAGCUGGCGGCUAAAGUUGUGAAAGGAGCAGGAGUAGGAGGUGGAGGUGGAAGAGGAACAGCUGGCGAUAAUGGGUUUGUUGCAGAGAAAGGGGAGAUGGUGCAAAGUGGACCAUCUGGAUUGAAUCAGAAGAGAUUACCUGGUCAACCUCAACCACAGCAAAAGGUGAAGCUGGGAAUGGGGAGUCAAAGUCAACUAACAGCUGCGCAAAAGAUUGUACUGCAGAAUCGAAAAGCAAAUCCUUCUGAUUCAACUGCAAGCAAGCUGCAAGCUAGAGGAGCAACUCUGCCUUUGCCUUUGCCUUUAACCAAACCCAGCUCUCAGACACCUUGUGAUGAUUCUGGGGAUCCAAAUAGGAAGGUUGAAUUUCAAACACCUGAAACCGAAACAACAACCAGUGCAAGUGCAGAACAUACAAUCAGGCCAUUCAGAUUGAGCCGGCUGCUGUUCACAUGUAAUAUCAAUGUACAGAUGACGUUCAUAGUUGCAUUCCAUCAGGCGGAUCUCUCAGUCUCAGUCUUUGAUGAGAGGCACGCCAUGGAGAGGGAUGGAGAAAGAUAUAGAGGAACAAGGUUGUCUUGUAUGUGUUAUUUCAUCAAAUUGCAGAAAAUAGCAACCUACUUGAAACUUAAAAAAGCUUACCAGUGUUAAAACUAUGGAUAAAAAUGUAAGUACGUUGUUAUUUGGGUAAUGAGGCGAGGUCAAAUUAGGAUUUUUUUUUUCCUGAGAACCAUUUGAGUGUAUUGGAUAAAAAAAAAGGUUGUGAUUGAGAGUGACUUUUUUGCUAUAAUUUGUAAAUUUAAUGCUAAUUGAUUUAAUUAGUGGUUUGACACGAG